AUGGUUGAAGCACUUGGUGAAAUUGAGGUUGCAAUGAAGUUAAUUGAGGAUGGUACUGAUAUGGAGGACCCCCUGUAUUCGCAGUAUAAACGGCUUCACUGUGAUCUGGUGCCACUUGAAGUUGCUUCUGAGGAAUUUUCCAUGAUUCAGAAAUACACGAAAAACACUCAUGCAAAGACACAUUCAAAUUAUGGUGUUGACAUCAUUCAGAUAUUUAAGGCCUCAAGAGAGGGAGAAGCUGAAAGGUUUGAGAAGUUUUCAAGGACAAAAAACAGAAUGCUUCUAUGGCAUGGCUCCAGACUCACCAACUGGACGGGAAUUUUGUCACAAGGUUUGCGCAUUGCUCCUCCCGAAGCCCCGGUAACUGGUUACAUGUUCGGAAAAGGAGUUUAUUUCGCUGAUAUGUUUUCAAAAAGUGCUAAUUAUUGUUGUUCAACUAGAAAUGCCACUUCUGGGGUGCUGCUUUUAUGUGAGGUUGCUCUGGGAGACAUGGCUGAGCUGCAAACAGCAAACUAUCAUGCUGACAAAUUGCCACCUGGGAAGCUUAGCACUAAAGGAGUGGGUGCGACUGCUCCCGAUUUUUCCGAGGCUCAAGCACUCGAAGAUGGCGUUAUUGUUCCCUUGGGAAGACCGAAAGAGCAACCGGGACCAAAGGGGGCUCUGAUGUACAACGAAUACAUAGUUUACAACGUGGAUCAGAUAAGGAUGCGUUAUGUUGUCCAUACAGCCACACGAAGAUCCGCACGACGCGCCGGUGCAUUCCCCGUCUCCGCCGACGAAGGAAGAAAUGAUCUCCUACGUGAUGGCGCUGGAGGCCGCCCUGUUGCCAUGCUUGCCGGCCAGAGAGCUUCAGGCGAUCGACCGCUCUCCCCAUCCUUCUCACCAGAGUAA